CGGAGAAAAAGAACAUGGAAAACAAAUAUUUCUUUUUGCUUGAAUCGUAGAUAAUCCGUGAUUUAAAACUGGAUGGAUUGUUUCAACGAAUGACGAUUUUUCUUCUAAAGCCAACGUUUAUGGCAUUGAAAAAUGGACUUGCUUUGAAACAUCUUAUAAAGAAGACACAAUUAAAUAAUGCUGUUGCUCCUUCCAUAUCAACGACCUUACUACAGAUCUUUUGUACGUCGAGUUUCUCGAAAUCGUCGAAUCUAGCACCAUCACCUCUAUGCCAACCACAGAACUCUUCACUAUGUUCAAACAGUGGUCCAUGCAGACAAUCGUAUCAACAAGCAAAACCAUGUCCACAGGCCCAAAAAUGUAUUUCACUGAUACCACCUUACUAUUGUCGAGUGAAUACAGAUUGUUCCGAUUUACUAUGGAUUCCUUGUCCACUAUUGUGCUCUUGUCCUCACUCGGAAUUUUCAAAACAAUCACCGCCAAAGAUUUGUUAUAGAAAAUGUCUUCCCCUACUUAAACUGCCGACAUUACUCAAUAAAAUUCCUGCACCACCUCCUCCACUACAACUUCCUAAGCAUCUCAAAAGAUCAAAAUGUCUGAUUCAAAGCGUACCAUUUUCUACACCACCUCUGCCAAAGUGUCCGAAAUUCUUAAAAUGUUCACUACAAAAGAAACAUCCUCUACCUUCAUCUUGUAAGCUUUGUCCUUGCCAACUAUCUUGCAGCUGUUUUUCAUCACUUUGUCCACUCUGUCGACCGAAUCUAUGCUUAAAGCCACUAUCUUAUCCUCCACGACCUCCUUUACGAUCUUAUUCAUCUAGCCCAGAGUGUUCGCCACUCCCUCCUUGUCGAUCACUACUACCAUGUUAUGUCUGUCUUUACUCAAAACUAUCCCUACCAUGUUCCUGUUCACCAUCUCAGAAUAUCGAAGCUAAAUAUUCCAAGGACGUUUCUUGUUAUCCCAAAUUCUUGUUCGACAUACGAAAAAACGAAGUUCAACGUAUGUCCACCUAUCAUAUAAAACUUCGUACUAUUCAAACGCAGAUGCUUCAUUCCAGAGGUCUACAUAGUUCGUGCAUAUUGCUUGGGAAAUUUAAUUCCGAUUCUGAGAAAGAUUGCAAGUCGGUGAGCGAAAUAUGUAAACUCAAGAAGGAAAGUUGUAGCAAACCUUGUAAGGAAAGAGAUGUUGAAUGUUAUCCAGAAAAGGUCAUUUGCGAACCAGUAAAGAAAAAGGAGAAGGAUAAAGAAAAAGAAGAGAAAAUAGUAUGUCCGAAAAGUUGUAUUCGAGCAGGAAAGUGUAUCAUCACUCAGAUUAAGAAACAAGAUAAGAUGGUGUACGGACCAACUGAAUGUCCACAACCGAAAUUGGUAACGCCACCUAUAUGUCCACCUACAGCCGACUCUGAAAACAACGAGCCCGUUUGCAACGAAAAACUUGUCAAGCCAAAAAAAGAAGUGUGUACACCACCGCCGUUACCUGAUCCUCCUACUGAACCCAUUUCAUUAUGUCCUUGUCCACCUCCAGCAAAAAUACAUCCAGGACCUUGUCCUUGUCCUCCUCAUAAAAAUGAUGUAAAGGUCAAACCUGGUCGACCUUGUCCCAUCAAAGACAAGUAUCCCUGUUGUUUACCAACUUACUACUGUCCUAUAAAAACGACCCCUUGCGUGAGGAAACCUCCUUGUAACAAGAAGAAAAAUACAAAAUCGUGAGACACUAUUAAUUAUGGGAUAUGAAAGAAAACUAAAGGCGAGAAUUAAUACAGUUUUUGCGGAAUCUAUUAAAUUACAACGUUCGGUCUCCUGGAUCGAUAAUUGUCAACCAUUCAUGGUCGAUUUGUUCACCUUCUAUCGAUUCUGUGGUCACUCGAGUGCAUUUUUUUUAUAUAGUACGAAUAGAUUUUCUCAAGGUCAAGCAUGUUUAAGUCAAUGAUGAGCACUCCACUGGUCAGGUGAAUUCAAUGAAAGAUGAACAGACCGACUGUUGAUGUGUAUCGCUUGUCGUAUGGCUAAUUUAACGCAUUCCUAGUUUUCGAAAGACCUUUAAACUCCGAUUAAUUUAGUUUAUAUCAUUAUAUUUUAAUACUAUCAGUAAGAAUGCGAUUAAUUGGACAUGCUACAUUCGAUAUACAUCCCAUUAAUGUUUUUAAGAAAUGCUCAAGUCUAAAUUUAAAUAGAUUUCGUUGAGUGUCUAUUAUAACUGAUCUACAAAAACAAACUAUUUUAUUUUCAUCCCGUACACUGUCAUACUAUUCCAGUAUUUAUAGAUAUUAUAGAAAUAUAAGAUGCAGACACGUUUGGAUGGGUGAUCAUAAACGUGAAAUAUGUACUAUUUA